ACAGCACAAAUGAGACAGCGUGGACAACCAUGAGUGCUGCCAUCACCAUCGCCCUUCUCCUGCUCUCCACAACUUUUGUUGAGUCGUUGAAGUCUCGGAAGGACCAAACUGAGGAGGAGCGUUUUCCACAGAAGUUACAACAACAUGAAAACAAGAAAGGCAACCACAACAAAGAGGAGAUUCUGUCGGAUGAAGUUUUUCCAGGCUCCUGCCCUACAUGCAAGAUUAUUGUGUCCAAAGUGCAGAAGGAGAUUGGAAAUGAUAAAUCAAAGGAAAAAAUCAGGAGGCUGUUGGACCGUGCCUGCAAUAAACUGAAAUUCAGUCUCCUAAGGUCGGCCUGCAGAAAGAUCUUGAAAACAGUAAAAAACAAGUUGAUUAACGCCUUGACCAACGGCAAGUCUGCCAGGACCAUCUGUACUAAUCUGAAACUCUGCAAGGCCACCUUUUUAUAGCUACAGCGGUCUGAAGAACUUGUGAUACUUCAACUUUUUGUGUUAAUAACAUAAGCCUGUGUUCAUAUUUUCUUUUUUUUGCCGUCCCAAUAAAAAAACAUAUUUUUA